CUGCAUUCAGAUGCCACAAAAAACAACGAGAGCGUCGGCUGUGAUCCGAGCGAGUACAAGUGGUGCAACUCGACCCACGAUGUCAAUUUCUGGCUUUACGCUGUACUGUAUUGUACGCUAUUGUCAGCGUGCUUCCCAAUCGUGAAUGUCUCAAUGAACACGCUGUUCAGUAAGAUUCUUGGAGCACGAAGACAGGGAACUAUGCAAGGGAUCAUGUUGAUGUCCGGAAGUUUGGCUCGCACACUCGGACCAUUAUUAGUAUCUGGAUUAUUCCAAGUCUACGGUCCCACACCAGUAUGGGGCAUAGAGUUGGGCACAUUGGGGGCAACGUUGCUGAUGUGGAUGGUGUUCUAUCGGCGGCUUGUUCCAUUGAAGGUCCCCAUUCUGGCAUGCGGUGAAUAUAUGAAAUAUCCGAAUGGAGUCAAGUACCGUAUGUGA